AUGUCCGACAUUGAUUUGUCUAUGGGCGAGAAGGUGAUAGUUAACAAUGGGGAAUUUAUUGUAUUGAAUUGCAUUACUUAUUUCAUUUUACAUUGUGUUGCUCAAGCUACCUUCGUGUUGAUGCUGGCUGCGGCCGUGAAGGCUAGUGCCAUCAGUCAGUUCAAAAUCCUGGCGGGAGUGGACCCCGACUCCGUCUCGUGUGACCCAGCUGGUUUGGAGUUCCUGCUUCUUCCCAGUUAUACCGACUGUACGGUCUUCUACAUGUGUACCCACGGCCAGGAGGUACAGUUCCAGUGUCCUGGUGACCUCAUUUUCGACUUCCAACUUCAGGGUUGUGAUUGGGACUGGAGGGCGACAUGUACAUUAAGAACGCCUCCGGACGAGGUGGAAGGUUCAGGGGACGACCCAUCUCUCCUUAGGGAAGAGGAGGAAAAUUCCUUCGUCGAUGAGUUAUCGAAUGUUGCCAGACCAGUAAACGUGGAAAACACUAGACUGCAGACAUCUUUCGACGCCAUACUGAAUUGUCAACGAGUGGAUACUGCAUCGAUCAGAGUUGCUUACAAACGAGAUUGCCAACGAUUCUGGAAAUGUCUAAAUGGAGUUCCACAAGUGGCCUACUGUACGGACGGCCUGUUUUUCAACGCGGCAACCCAACAGUGCGACUUCGAGGCCAACUCCAAAUGUGUAGUGCAGGAAACCAACGAGUUGGAGGGAGAAUUUUUAUUAUACAAUUAA